UUUAGAGAAGUUCAACAGCCCCGAGCCACAAGCAACAGUCUUCUCAUCAGCUACACAGAUCGUCCACAAUGUUUAACGUUCGCCGCCUCGCGCUCUUCCUCGGAGCUCUGCUCCCUGCGGCCGUUGCUGCUCCUACUCCUGCUACCCAGCAGAAGGGAGAAAUCAUCCCCAACAAGUACAUCGUUACCCUCAAGGAGGGCGUUACCUCCGAUGACUUCAAGUCUCACGUCAACUGGGCCCGCAGCGUCCACGCCCGCAGCUUGAACAAGCGCGACACCGCCGGUGUUGAGCGCGAGUACCAGAUCGCCAAGUUCAACGCCUACGCCGGUGAAUUCGACGCCGAGACCAUCGAGCAGAUCAAGAGCCACCCCGAUGUCGCCGAGAUUGAAGAGGACCAGGUCUACUACCUCUUUGACGAGUCCCCUGAGGCUUCCAAGCGAGCUCUCACUACCCAGACCGGCUCUACCUGGGGUCUUGGUACCGUCUCCCACAAAACCUCCGGCUCUACCUCGUAUAUCUACGACAGCAGCGCCGGACAGGGCACCUUUGCCUACAUUAUCGACACUGGUAUCCUCGCUACACACCAGCAAUUCGGCGGCCGUGCUUCGCUCGCUUACAACGCCGUCGGUGGCAGCGAUGCUGACGCUGUGGGACAUGGUACCCACGUAGCAGGCACAAUUGGAGGAUCGACCUACGGUGUUGCCAAACAAACUACCAUCUUCUCCGUCAAGGUCUUCCAGGGAACUAGCAGCUCCACUUCGAUCAUCUUGGACGGGUACAGCUGGGCUGUCAACGACAUCACCAGCAAUGGUCGCGAGAGCAAGUCCGCUAUCAGCCUGUCCCUAGGUGGUGGUUUCUCUUCUGCAUUCAACAGCGCUGUCAACUCCGCUUACAGCUCUGGUGUCCUGUCUGUCGUCGCCGCCGGUAACAGCGCCACCGACGCUGGCAGUACCUCGCCCGCCUCGGCUGCCAACGCCAUCACUGUCGGUGCCAUCGACUCCUCCUGGAGUAUUGCCAGCUACUCCAACUACGGAUCUGUUGUCGAUGUUUUCGCUCCCGGCACCGACGUCCUCUCCUCGUGGAUCGGCGGAGACACUGCCACCAACACCAUCUCUGGUACAUCGAUGGCCACUCCCCACGUGACUGGUCUUUCUCUGUACCUGAUUGCCCUCGAGGGUCUUACCACCCCCGCCGCCGUCACCAGCCGCAUCAAGGCUCUCUACACCAGUGGCAAGCUGACUGGCAUCCCCAGCGGCACUGUCAACGCCGUCAUCUACAACGGUAACGGUGCUUAAACUAUCGAUCUACCUAACAUAAUUGUGGGGGCAAAGACGGCAAAUAAGGAGGCUUAAUUAUCUCGCAUUGAUAAUUAUGGCUUUGCUGAGCAGCCCUCAACGCUUUGGAUAUCGGGGUUAGUUACAUGGAACUCAUCAUGUGUAAACAUGUGAUUCUAGUAGUGGAAACCACUUUCGAAUGGGUAGUACAUAGUAAUAUAACUCUUGGCUUUUCGAAAUAAAAAUUACUGUCUCCUUUUGCCUGAUAAGCUUAACUCAGCCCUAGAUUUUG